AUGGCCAUCGGAUUGGACAGACUCAUCUGCGUUCAAUUUCCCAUCCAACGUCAUCGGCUCACGCCACGAGCCGCGUUCAGACGCACUUUAUGCAUUCUGGCCGCCAUCUGGACGGCCGCCGGUCUUGGAUCGUCCAUUCAACUGUACGUCACUCGCGUAGUGACGCAACCAGACGGAGUUGUCAACUGCAGUGAAGACUGGGGCAAAGAUUCUGAUAGACAACGUGUAUACUCAAUUGUACUAUUUAUGCUUAUUUAUUUGAUCCCUCUCAGCAUUCUGGGCAUUACGUACGGCAUCGUAGGCAGAAAGCUUUGGCAACGGAGACUGCCAGGAGCGCAAGUGCAUGAGCAGGAAAUUAUGCAGCUGAAGUCGAAGCGAAAGGCAAGUGGAAAAAUACUUUAA